AUGGGAGAAACCUGUGUUGAACCCAAUCCUUGCGGACUGAAACCAUGUGACAAUGGAGCUGAGUGCUUUAACAAAGGAAAAAAGUUCUUUUGCAAGUGUAAACCUGGCUUCAAGGGUCAACUCUGCACUGAACCAAAUCCGUGCGGACUCGAGCCCUGCAAGAAUGGCGCUAAGUGUUUUGAUGAUGAAAAGACCUUCAGAUGUGUCUGCCCAGCUGGUUUCAGGGGAAGAACUUGCAUUGAGCCGAACCGAUGUGCUUUGCAACCUUGCAAAAAUGGCGCCGAAUGUUUCAAUGAUGGCGAGAAAUUUAAAUGCGUAUGUACAGCUGGCUUCAUGGGAUUGACUUGUGUAGAACCCAAUCCAUGUGGACUGAAACCAUGCAAGAAUGGUGCCAAAUGCACAAAUGACGGAACAGAGUUUAUCUGCACAUGCACACCUGGAUUUAUGGGAAAAACCUGCAUUGAAGCAAAUCCGUGCGGACUCAAGCCCUGCAAAAAUGGUGCUAAAUGCUUCAAUGAUGGUGAGAAAUACAAAUGCGUGUGUACAGCUGGUUUCAUGGGACCAAACUGUGUUGAACCUAAUCCUUGUGGACUGAAACCAUGCAAAAAUGGUGCUGAAUGUAUUAAUGAUGGAGAAAAAUUCUUCUGUAAAUUCAAUCCUUGUGGACUUGAACCCUGCAUGAAUGGUGCCAAGUGCUUCAAUGAUAAUGAUUCAUUCAGAUGUGUGUGUACAGCUGGAUUUAUGGGAAGAACUUGUAUUGAACCAAAUCCAUGUGGACUUUUGCCAUGUAAAAAUGGGGCUAAAUGUAAAAAUCAUGGGGAGGAAUUCAAAUGUGUCUGCACUGCUGGUUUCAUGGGACCAAUAUGCGUUGAACCAAACCCAUGUGGAUUGAAGCCUUGUAAAAAUGGAGCUGAAUGCUUUAACAGAGAUGAUAAAUUCUUCUGUAAAUGCAAACCAGGAUUCAAAGGAAAAAUCUGUUCUGAAAUCAACCCUUGUGGGCUUGAACCUUGCAAGAAUGGUGCCAAUUGCUUCAAUGAUGAAGAUACAUUUAGAUGUGUAUGUACAGCUGGAUUCAUGGGAAGAACUUGUGUUGAACCGAACCCAUGUGGACUUGAACCCUGCAAAAAUGGAGCUUAUUGUUUUAAUGAUGAAAACAAAUUCAGAUGUGUGUGUACAGCAGGCUUCAUGGGAUUAACGUGUAUUGAACCAAAUCCUUGUGGACUGAAGCCAUGCAAAAAUGGAGCUGAGUGUUUCAACAGAGAAAAAGAAUUCUUCUGCAAAUGUAAAGCUGGCUUUAAGGGUCAUACCUGUUCUGAGGUGAAUGCUUGUGGUCUGAAGCCAUGCAAGAAUCAUGCGCUCUGCACAGACAAAGACAAUGGUUAUGUUUGUACAUGUAAAGUGGGCUUCAAAGGAGUUGACUGUCAACUUGGAAAUCCAUGUGGAUUGAAGCCUUGCAAGAAUGGUGCCAAAUGUUUUGUUGAUAAAGAUACAUUUAGAUGUGUAUGCACUGCUGGAUUUAUGGGAAGAACUUGUGUUGAACCCAACCCCUGUGGACUUGACCCCUGCAAGAAUGGAGCUAAAUGCUUUAAUGAAGGAGAAAGGUUCAGAUGCGUGUGUACAGCUGGGUUCAUGGGAUUAACAUGUGUUGAACCCAAUCCUUGUGGACUGAAACCUUGCAAGAAUGGAGCUGAGUGUCUAAAUGAUGGUAAAGAGUUUAUCUGCAAAUGUAAACCUGGAUUUAUGGGAAAAACUUGCAUUGAAAUCAAUGCCUGUGGACUUCACCCAUGCAAGAAUGAUGCAAAAUGCUUCAAUGAUAAAGACACGUUUAGAUGCAUUUGUACAGCAGGAUUUAUGGGAAGAACCUGUGUCAAACGUAAGUGA